CGAUAUUCAAUAUGGAAGGUGAAAAUUUUACAUGUCAAAAUUUUGGUUGAAAAAGUUGGAAUAUUGAGGCAUCUAUAAUGGAUUUCGGCCAGAAUGGGCACGCGGCUGGUGCCUCUACCCCUCAAGAAGAUGAUGUCGUCUCGCUUAAACAAAAACUUUUACAAUAUAAAAAACGUGAACAGGAACUGUUAGAUGAUAAAAUGAAGAUUGAAUCUGAAUUCGGACACAAGAGAGCCAAGUUCAAGGACAUAUUUAUGCAAAAAGAAGAUGAGCUCACCAAGGUUAAAGCAGCUUUACAAGAGUCAACGAAGCUGAAUGCAGAAUUGAAAUCCCAAGUAGAUAUACUUCGUCAAGAAAUAGAUGAUGUGAAUACCGCAACUGCACUCUCCGAGUCAAGUAAACAGGAUGAGGUGGAGGGGAUUCAGAGAAGGUGUCAGAAUGAACUUGCGUCAAUGCAGAUUAUCAUGAAAGACUCAAUCAAUGAUACCAAUCAAAGGUUGGAGUAUGAACGUGAGAAGUGGACAGUUGAUAAACACCAAUUAGAGGCUGAGCUCCAUGAGUUAAGGCAAAAACUUUCACAGACUGAUGGGGAAAAUCUCUUGGCAUCAUUUGCAAAGUCCAUCAAACAUAUAGGACAUAAGACCCCCUCCAGUGCAGAUACCAGCAUGACUGAGGAUGAAAACUUAGAACAGAGUAUGAAGAAGGCUCAAGAGGAUGCUGAGAUGUUGAAGUCUGUAGUUGUACCCCUAGAAGAAGAAAUUAAAACACUGAAAGAACAGUUAGCUGAGGCAAAUGAAAAGAUCAAACAGCCGAAAAUCCUGACAUCUUUGGAUCCGCUCAGUAAGGCAUCGGUAGAGUCCAGAGAAUCAUCUCUACUAGGAGAAGAUGGUUUGGAUCUUGAUGAAAAAGUUAAGGAGUUAAAUACUUACUUGGAGGCAGAGAAGUCUUCACGGACUGACCUAGAAAUGUAUGUGGCUGUACUGAACACACAGAAACAAGUUCUACAAGAGGACAAUGAUAAAUUGAGGGCUGAGCUACACGAAGUUUGUAGAUUACUAGAGUCCGAGAAGAAGGAACAUAGUGACUUAAAGAUGACCUGGCAGAUGGCCAAUGAUCAGUUCCUGGAAUCACAGCGUAUGAUGAUGAAUGACAUGCGAAGAAUGGAGACUGUGCUCAGUGCAGAGCAACAGAGGCAAAUAGCAGAACUUCAAAAGCAGGAUGAUGAAAGGGAGGCUCAGAAGAAGAGAAUUGCGGAUCUUGAAGAGAAACGUGAAAAGCAAAGAAUUGCUACGGAGCAACGUAAAGCUGCAAAUAUGCAUUCCAAUAAUGAACCUGUACACCAGCUGGGUCUAAAGAAAGUGGCUUCUAAGACCUCUAUUGCAUCAACUAAGUCAGAAGAUCUAAUGAAACUCAGUGAUACCGAACUAGAUCCAUCAGAUAUCAUGAAGAAAUCUUCGUCUGGGUCAGAAUAUUCCCGGCAUGAUGAUUUCCUGCUCGACAGUGGAGUUCAUGACACGCGGUCUCUCUCAGAGGUAGAUGGCAUGAGAAUGAGUCCUGAUAAAUACAUCUCUGUGCCUGGUCUCACUGAUGCUCAACACAGGGCUAUAGCUGAUCCAAGCCCUGAGUAUGAGGUCAGUCAGUCAUUGCUCGCUAGUGCCAAAUCCAAAAUGGAUGACAUUCCACACCUAACGGGGCGCCGCCUGGUGAGUGAUAAAGAAUGGGAGAUGCUUCAACAGGAGGUGAAGGCUGCAAGAGAGAAAUUAGGAAGACCAUGUGACAUGUGCAAGAACUAUGAAGCCCAGCUACAAAGUGUUCAAGAGAAUGCCCAGGAAUCUCAGUCCAGUGCACAGACUUUAAACAAACAAUUGUCACAGGAGAAAGCCACACUGGAAAACCAGAAGAAAUACCAAGAGGAGCUGGAAAAUACAUUGCAAAAUGUAGCAGAGGAUGCGCAAGCACAAAUAUCAACUCUAGUCACCAAAGUUUAUGAGUCGGAGAAGUUCAUGACAGAGCUACGACAGCAGUAUAUACAAUCUUGUACAGAUCUACAGCAUCAGCUGAGGGCAUUGACCGUGAAUAGAGAAAGUAUUCAGAAAGAGUUGAGUAGGCUACAAGAAGAAAAUGAUAGUUUGGUUGGUAAAACAUCUAAACACUCACAACAGAUGCAGAGUGAAGAUAUAAACCUACCAAAUAAUUUGGAGGAGAUGCAGUUGUUGCUGCUAAACUACAGAGAAGAGAUUAUUAAAGCCAAAGUGGCUAAAGAACAUAUAGAAGAAAAUUUAAAAAGUGAAAUACUAUUCCUUAAAGAUGCCUCGCAAGCUGAGAGCCAAGAGAGGCAAACAAUGGAGGAGACAUUAUCUCAGGAGAUCAACACUCUCCAAGAGGAACUCACCAUGCUACAAAGCGUCAAAUCAGAGUUAGACCGUGAGGUGACAGUCCGACAAGAAAAUGAGGAAAAAUUAAAAGAAACAGAUGAGAAAUUUAAGAAUUACCAACAUAAAUCAAAAAAUGUUUUGACAACUAUGCAGGCAAAACUAGAAGAACAUGAUAAAAUAAAGACCAAACUAGAAGCCGAUGUGCAGUUUUAUCGUAACAAGGUCUCAUCCCUGCAGGCAGACCUGGACAACAGUGAGGCUGUGCAGCGAGACUUUGUCAAACUAUCCCAAUCAUUACAAAUCCAGUUAGAGAAGAUUCGUCAAGGUGAGAAUGAGGUUAGAUGGCAGCAUGAGGAAGACGCAAACGAUUGUGAAAAUUGCCAUAAAGAAUUUGGUGUUUCUAGACGAAAGCAUCAUUGCCGCCACUGUGGCCAUAUCUUCUGUAAUGAGUGCUGUUCAAAGACUUGCUAUGCAGGCCCCAAUAGGAGGCCUACAAAAGUUUGUGACGUCUGUCAUACCAUAUUGAAUAAAGACGCUACACCAUAUUUUAGCACAGAACCACCUCAAACUCCCGACUAGUAUCCUGGGCACUUUAGUGUAAUAUAUCAUAUUCCUAGUAAUGGUAUUUCAAAAAUUGGAAUUAAUUUCAAAAAUUGCCAGGAGUGUGAUGAAUUUUUAUUUAUUCAAUACAUGUGGCAUUGAAAAACACAGACGUGGAUACACACAGAUGCGGAUACAAAUGAAGUGGAUACUUACAGAUGUGGAGUACAUAUGACCUAUUAUUGUCAAACCAGUCUUGACUCAAGACUCCCAUUCUCUGCAGUCUGCACCCACCACAGCACUGUACUGUGGCUGGAGAUCCAGGGUAUCAAAGUUCAGGGCUUUGAUUCAACACUCAUGCAUAUCUAAAAGAGAGGGAACAUCCCAGACUUCAUAGAUGAACCCAUCUCCAUAUAUAGAUAAACCUAUAGAGGUUCAUAUUUACACAGAGCUAGG